AAAAAAAACAAUAAUUAAAAAUGGCUCCUGUCGCUGACGAUUAAGAAAAUGGUAUUAAUUAUUUCUUCGGUUUUAUUGGUGUCGCAAGUGCCUUAGUUUUUGCAAACUUAGGAGCUGCAUACGGAACUGCAAAAUCUGGAGUUGGUAUUUCAUCUAUGGGAGUAUUAAAACCUGAAUUAAUUAUGAAAUCUAUUAUUCCUGUAGUUAUGGCAGGUAUUUUAGGUAUUUAUGGUAUGAUUGUUGCAGUUAUUCUUGUUUAGAAAAUUGGUAAAACUGGAUACGAUAGUCACAGUUGUUAUUCUCACCUUGCUGCUGGUUUAUGUUGUGGUUUAUCUUCUUUAGCUGCAGGAUUAGCUAUUGGAAUAGUUGGAGAUGCUGGUGUUAGAGCUAAUGCUUAAUAAGAUAAAAUUUUCGUUGGGAUGAUUUUGAUUCUCAUUUUUGCUGAAGCCUUGGGAUUGUAUGGACUUAUUAUUGCUUUAAUUUUAUCAUAAUGAUUUGAAGGAAAAAUAAAAAAA